UAACUACUCACUAAGAUGGUGACUGGUGAGUUUUAUCCAAUUUCGUUUAUGGUUUUUAUUCCUAUUCUUCAGCAGAUGCAGAAUACCAAAAUGGCUAGGUUUUCUGUGGGCGGAGACGAAGACGAAAACGAAGAGGAGAGACCCAACGAUCGGCGCUCGUCCAAAAAGCCCCGAAUCGCCGAUCCGGUUUCCGAUUCCGGCAAACCCCCCAACGCCGCCGCUGUGUCGACCCCCAAUUCCGGCGACCGCGCCAAGGCUUCCACCUCAUCUGCUCCUCCGCUUCCGCUAGAGGAUCCAAUUGAAGAAGACGAAGAAUUUGAAGAGGAAAGCGAGGAGGAGGAAUCGGAUCAUCCGCCGUCGGAUUCCCCGGCAGCGUCAGAAGAGGAAUCAGAUGCAGAUGAGUGCGAGGUACAAGCCACUGAAGCACGAGUUGACUCGGAGGGGGACACUGGGUCAAUUACCGUAACCAUAACGGAUAAAGACGCCCUGGAUUGCCCCAUUUGUUUUGACCCCCUCUGCGCCCCCAUCUAUCAGUGUGAGAAUGGACAUAUAGCAUGCGAAUCAUGCUGCAACUCAAUGCACAAGAAAUGUGCAAGUUGCCAAUGGCCAAUCGGGUACAACCGCUGCAGGGCAAUCGAGAGGGUUGUAGAAUCAGUGCUCAUCAGAUGUCGAAAUAUGCUGCACGGGUGCCCAGCCACAUUAAACUACAGCAAGAAACUCGAUCACGAGAGGACAUGCGUUUAUGCUCCUUGUUCAUGCCCUCACAUUCGCUGCGACUAUGUAGGCAUGUCUAAGAGCUUGUACGCGCACUUUGCUACACGCCAUCCACUAGCCGCCACAAAUUUCUGUUUCGACACCGUCUUUACCGUUGAGUUUUAUGAUAGUAACACAAAGCAUGUUUUUCUUCGAGAAAGGAGCAGGGAUAUACUUUUUAUCGUUAAUCGUUGUGUUUUGGCCGGUGGGAGUUCUGUCAAUGUUGUUCGUGUUGCACCAAGUUCAGCAAAGAGGGAAUUCUCGUACAGCCUUACAGCAACUUCAGCUUACGAGGCGGAUAGCUCAAUCAAACUCAAAACACGCGUAGAAUCCAUGCCAAUAUUCAGGCCUGAGGAGCCUGCAACAGCAUAUCUUCUAGUUCCUAGUGAUUUUAUGCGAACAAACGGAAAACUCGUGUUGGAAGUUAUGAUACGGAAGGUACCUUUCCUUGCUAGUUGACAUUUCCAUUUGUCCCGCUCUUCAAGAUUCCUAAGAAAAGAUUCUAAUUUUGUCGGGGCUUCUCUUGUGUGUAGUUAGUGUAAAUGGUGUAGUGUAAUCGAUGUAUAUUUAUGUUUUGACAUCAUUUGUCUUCUCAAUUUGUAGUAAACCCAAGUGAAAACCUCUGUUUGAAUUCGUUGAAAUCCCGUAUAACUUAUUUGGUUCUUUCGGUGUAUACGGGCUAUCGGAAUUGUGAUUCUGUCAGGUUACUUUACUUCAGCUGAAGAUGGAUUUCUUCGA